AUGGCGAGGGAUAGGGAGGAGCAGGGCGCCGAGGGCUCGGGGACUCGGUCCCGGCCCGACGCCUUCCUCAUCGUGUGCCGAACCUUCAGCGUCAUCACCGGCGCCGUCGCCCUCCUCUGCGUCGCCGUCAACGUCCUCUCCGCCGUCCUAUCCUUCAAGAACGGCUACGAUAUUUUUGGCGGGAUAUUUCGUUGCUACGUGGUGUUGAUCGCGCUCUUUGUUGCCGUCGCAGAGACCGAGUGGAGUUUGAUUUUCAAAUUUUGCAGGAUACUGGAAUAUUGGCCUGGUAGAGGCAUGCUACAGAUCUUUGUUGCUGUGAUGACGAGAGCGUUUCCAGAUUUUGAGAGAAGGGAUCUGAUGUUGCUUCAAGAGAUUGCCUGCUACCUGCUUCUUGCAUGUGGCUUCAUCUAUGUGAUUUCGGGUGUAUUGUGCAUCGGUUAUUUAAAGCGUAAGCGGCAGCAAAGAGAAACUUCACGAGAGCAAGCGGUCAAAGAUCUAGAGCAAUUGGAAAGGCGUAGGGAGGAACUUCAGGCAUUAUUACUUGCCGAAAGGUCCUGA